AGCGUCCUUAUACAAAACUGCCGACGAGUUACUAGUUGUUCUAUCUGAUCUCGCGGUAUCAGAUCUCCCAGAGAAGGUGCAGAAUCAUGACUCUUCUCGCCACGGUUGGUCAGCCUCAUCCUCCGUCGAAGGUGAUCUCCCGCCGCGAGCACUCCAACCGGGGGCACAAGCUGACCCGGGAGCCGACGGGCCAGGCCAAGUUCAAGUGCAACGGCUGCCUCGAGGAGAUCACGGGGUGCGACAGGGACACGUGCAAGCCUUGUGACUUCGACCUCCACCAGGCCUGCAACUACAAAGAAGGGACCACGCUGGAGCACCAGCUGCUGCCCAAGAGCAAGUUCGUGCUCCGCCUCGAGGCCCCCCCUUCCAAGCAGCGAUGCAGCGCCUGCGGCACCCGCACGCAGGGCACCCACUACCACUGUGCACGGACGGGCCAUUACCUCCACCCGUGCUGCGCGAUGCUGCCUAUGGAGAUCAAGCUGAGUGAUGAGCUCAGCUUCGAGCUCCGCGAGAAGGGGUCUCGCCGCUGCGCCAAGUGCAGGGAAGGAGGCGGCGUCAGGGACUACUGGUUCUACUGCUCCAAGUCCAACUCCAAGAAAGUGCACCUGCAUGUCGCCUGCGCGAGAGAGGAUUUUCUUCUGCCGAGCUCAAGCAGUACCGAGUCUCACUCUGACGUCGGCGGUAAUGGCAGGGCGAGCAAGGAGACUGCGUUGCGGAAGUACGGGUCGGGGAAGUCCGGGAUGAACCUGGGCACCAUAGGCGACAUCGUUAAGGCCCUGGCGGGCAUCGUCCUCGCGGUGCUCACUGGAAACCCGCUGCCGUUGAUUUCUGCAGGGGUCGAUCUGCUCUCCAGCGUCGCCAAGUUGAAAAAGUAGCUAGCAGCUCCAUCCUUGCUCAUCCUACGCACGUACGUACAACUUGUUGGUGACGGGCUGCAUGGUGAUAUAUGUACGCACGUAACAUCCUACUAUUUGUAGGAUAUAGUCCCCGCCUGCAUUGUGUAUUUGUGAUCGCUACAGUCCAUUUCUCAUUUCUUCUUCCAUGUCGAAUAAUGUCAACACGUUAUUAUAUGUAAGUGUGUAGAUGUGUGAUAUGUAAUCUUGCAGAAUAUAUCUUGUGAA